AGGCCACCCUGCACCUUGCUGGAUGCCAGAACAUAAUGAGCAAAUACUUCCGCUUGCAGGCUGCUCCCUCCCCAUUCCCUACAACCUGCACCAGGGCUGUGCCCGGAGCAAACUGGAGCCUUGGGGGCACGGGCUGGGCUGAGAGCUUGAGAAAGACCUGAUCCAACCAAGGAAAGCGGAGUGAAAUUGGACUGGAGGCCAGUGAGGAGCCAUUGUGUGAGUGGAGCAGGACUUGAGCACUGAGGAGCAGGUUUUGCACGCCGGCAGCUCCCGAGGGACAUGAGCAUUGCAUCGGAGCACAAGCCCUUUCGGAAGCAGGUCACGGGAAGCCUGCAUACUUUGUUCCCAAUCGUGGAGUUAAAUGUCGGCGGGGAGAUGUACACAACAACCCUGAGCACCUUAAAGAAACACCCUGGCUCCAAGCUGGCAGAGAUGUUCACUGGCCAGCCCAAACUGAAGACUGACUCCGAAGGGAGGUUCUUCAUCGACAGGCCAGGCACCUACUUCAAAUACAUCCUGGAGUACCUUCGUAGUAACCAAGUGCCCACCCAGUGCAUCCAGGACGUCUACAAGGAGGCGUUGUUCUACGACAUCGAGCCUCUGAUCAAGCAGCUUGAGGACUCCCCACAGCUCUUUGGGGAGCUCAUGGCCAGGAAGCAGUUUCUGGCUCGUGUGCCCAACUACAGCGAGAACAUCGAGCUCAUGAUCCGCAUCGCCAGGGCAGAGGCGGUCGCGUCGCGCCGCUCCAGCGUCAUCGUGUGCGUGGUGAAGACCGAGGAGGAUGCGGCCAGAUGUCAGGAUGCCCUGAGCAGCUUGGACAUGGAUAAGAAGUCCGUGGUGAAGUUUGGGCCCUGGAAGGCAGCGCCAAGUGUUUUUGACCUGUUGGACUGCAUCCAAAUGGAUGUGGAAGCCAAAGGGUAUAAAAUAGCCUUUCAGCCCUAUGUUGCCGAAAAAGGGUUCCGCUUCAAAUCGCAUGACUUCUUCUACAAGUUCCUGUUCACCUGGUGGUAGUAAAGUGCCUCCAAAGGGAAUUCCAAAGGGAAUGGAUGGAAGUAAUUAUUAAACCAAAUUAACUUGGUCUGUGGAGAGUAAGCUACGGAUUACCGCAAGGACAGGAGGAAAUGCAUGGGGCAAGGAAAUGAUCUCCCUUGGUCAUUUGCUAAAUUAAAGAAGAUUUAAGAGCUACUGAUUACUUAGGGGAUAACCACGUGUUUAAAAGGCAGCAGGAAAAGGAAGAAUUUUACUCUUUCAGCACUGUUAACUACUAAGUUAGUUCAGAGAGGCCAAUCUGAGCCAAAAUCACUCAACCUAAGAGAAAUGAAUAGUCCCAAAUAACUAUCAUGGACAUGUGGAGUUGGCUUCUCAGUGCCAACGGGAAGGGUCACAUAGGUGCAAUUCACGGUGGAAACAGUGAUAGCUGCAUUAAUACAUGCUCAAAUUAAAUCUGGAUCCUUAGUGAGAUGGCAAAAGCUCUUCUUCUCACUGCUUUCCAUGCUAGAAUGUGGGUUAAAAAGAAUUUGGUCGCCUCCACUCUCUUUGUGUUCCUCCAGCAGCCAGCCUGCUCUGUAACCAAUGUAUUUAUUAGCAUUAUUUAUUACUUAUUCUGAAGUAAAGACAGAGAACCUCAGCUCUGGUCCAGGAUCAACACAAGGGAAAUAUACCAUUGCUGAUGGUUUAUAAUCUAAGUUUAUACAUUUUUUUAUAGUAUAGAGUUUAUAAUCUAAGGACAUCACUCCUCUCUCAGGCCACACCAUUUUGAUCUUUUUCUUACGAUAUUCAUCAUUAUUAGGAUGUUAUUUCUAAAUAUAUAAGCUUCUGGAAGAAUAGGGAAAACCCACUGUCAUUUGAUGGGAAGGAAGUGCUACUGAAGCGAUAGCCUGGGACCUCAGUGUAAAUUCUCCUUUACAGAACACGAGUUGGAUCCCACAUCGUGUUGUAAAACUCCUAGUAUUUAAAGGUUUAUUUUUGUACUGGAGAUGGCUGUUACCUUGGUUUUAAUCACUCUGAAAAUCAUAAUGGCUGA